AUGGCGGCCGUGACAGGUGGUGUGUUGCUCAUCAUCGUGGGUUUGUCGGGUGUAUUUUGCAUCCCACCUGCCUUUGAUAACAGAACCGCGCCCACCGAUGUUACCAGCACACGUGACCACGAGCUCCUGCGUCACUUACCGGCGACGCGCGCGAGUUUAGGCUCGAACUUUAAAUACAAGUACGUGGGAGAGGGUGGUGUCAUCUCGAGUACACGACACUCUAGUGGAUACUGGUUUGAGAUCGCCGCCACAAGGGCGGUGUCCGAGACGGCCCAUGAGAAGGCAGCUGAGAUUAUCAGCAAGAUGACCAGAUAUAUGCCUCGUGAUAUAUUCGACCGUUUGGCAACGCACGCCACAGCUGGGGUUUUCACCAAAGAAGAACAUCUGACUGUUUAUCCUGAAUACAGGUCCUUGGCGGACACCCCACAAUGUCACCACAGCUGUUCCGGUUCCUGUCAGAAAACCUGUGGAUUUGACGGCCGGAAGUACGAAACGUUAGCCGGCGUUGGCGGGAAACGAGCCGUGAUAUUGGAUGAUAAUAUCUUGUGUGAUCGGUCCGACCCUUACCACAGGACCAAUAACAUCCUCAUCCACGAGUUCACCCAUACCGUCCACAACUACGCUCUAUCAUCUUUUUGGAAGGACCAGAUAACCGCCGCAUACAAUCACGCCAAGGCACAUCACAUCUGGACAAGUAGCUCCUACGCCAUGAGCAAUUACCUCGAAUAUUUCGCGGAAGCUUCUACGACUUUUUUCAACGGAGAACACAUGCACUCAGGCGCCGGUGGAAUGAAUAUGUGUUCUGGAAGAUUUUGUACGAGUGAGCAUGCCAUGCGCGAGAAUCUCCGGCAGAAAGACCCUCAGUUAUUCACUGUUCUGAGUCACGUGUUCACAUCCGAUCGGCCUUCAACGCCCGGAGGGUUAGGACCGUGUGCCUGAUGAAAGCGAAAAAUAAAGAGUACAAAAAUAAAAUUUUCCC